AUGGGAACCGUCUGCGACGUCAGCCUGGAGCCAGACGCGGGUCUGGAGCUGACGAGACCGCUGGAGGCCUUCCGCUCGUUGUCCUGCUGCCGCAUUCUGAACGUCGGCUUCGCAGCGCCCCAGGUUCCGCCGCACCUGCUGGAGAGCGACCUGGCCCUGAGCGAGAUCAGCUUCGAGGUGAACCGGACCAAGGUGGUGUCGUACCAGUACCCUGCCGUGUUCGACGUCAUCAGCUUCGUCGCCAGGGCGCCGGGAGUGACGCCCUUCGCCUUCGCCAUCAUCAGACCCUUCGACGGCCAGAUCUGGCUGUCUGUGGCGUUGUCUCUGUUGGUUGGCUCUCUACUCCUCGAGGCUCUACGCCUAAGUCCUGCCGAGAGCGGCCCGGGAGAUAGGCCUAACUUCUGGUUUCUUCUCUCUACGCUCGGCCGACAAAAUGCGUGGCAAGGCGAGCACGAAAGCCCAGGCUACCGCCUGUUCCUGGGCCCCUGGUGGCUGUACGUGCUGGUCAUGACGACGCUGUACAGCGGCCGCCUGGUGGCCUUCAUGAGCGUGCCCGUCUACGAGCCGUCCAUCAGGAACCUGGAGCAGCUCGAGGACGCCAUCAGGCACAAGGGCUUCAAGCUCUGCACCCAUCGGCAAACCAUCUUCAUCGAAUACAUACGGGUAGCCUACGAGCGAAAGAUGGCCCGCAGCGGAGCCCUGAACGAAGUUCGACUGCGUCAGAUGGGCGACGAGAGCUCGCUGCUUGUCUCGGACCGGCGGACGGGACUGCUGUGGGCACUCAAGUACCCCUACGCCUACAUGGACUCCAAGAUGUCCAUCCUCAGCGGCAUGUCGACGCUCCUGGACGCCAAAGACGCCCUUCGGCUCCACGUCGCGGACGACAACAUGGGUGUCGAGUACUGCGGAGCUGUCUUCCAGAAGGACUGCCCGCUCAGGGAGCAGCUCAACGCCGCGAGCCGGGUGCUGUUCGAGACGGGCCAUCUGAAGAAGUGGCUCAGUCAGGCGAUGCGGCGGCUGGACGAGGUCACUGAAGACCCGAGGCACGACUUCCACCAGCGCCGAGAGAAUCCGCUGAGCGCCAGCGACUUCAACGGCAGCUUCUACCUGCUCGGUGCGGGAUUCGUCGUCGCAGCCGCCGCUCUGGGACUGGAGAUGUGCUGCAUGGCUCUCCGCGACAGGAUGGUCGUUUACUACCGACCACGCACGGUCCUCAAGAAGUCCGGACUGCGACCUUUGGGGAAGCCACGCACGGACAGAGAUUUGAAGGUCGCGCUGGCUGUGCGCUAA